AUGUCGAAUCCACAAGCCACCAGCAGCCCAGGCAGGCCUACCGUACUCAGAGCCUUUACUCUCGGCUCUUCUUCUGCUCAUCAUCGUCCAAGAGCUCCAUUGUCGCCUCCCGAAACCGAACGAAGCGUCCCCGCGGCUCUCUCCUUGGAUCGCGGCUCCGUUGACCGCACGUUACACACCGUAGAGCAUGUAGACAAGGAAAGGUUACGAGAAGAGGGCACAACAAGGCAUCUCCGUCGCAAACCAUCCCUGUCGUAUAACCAGCUUCCGGCUCCUGCCCGGCAACCACCAGCCAGGAAAUGGCUACUCGUUGUGACGCCUCCUGGUAGCCUCAAUACCGAGCCAGUACUAGGUCAUACCUUAGCACACGGCCCUCCAGGACGAUUCCAGAGCGGAAUUCUCAUGCCUUUGUAUUCGACGAUGUAUGCACAGCUCUCUGCAAUUUCUCGAGAGUUCAAUUUGCCCAGUAUCGUCGGUGUCUGUCUCUACCUCCAUGUCAAUCAAGCUGGCCUAAAUAUUGCCCCACGGAUCUCCGACGAGGCAUGGCAGUUCCUGUGGGGCCCUUACCUUGGUUCCGAUGAAAAUUCGCCGGCAUUACCAGGUGGCAUUCCUGUUUGUGGCCAAAUUGAAUUCGACAUCGACAUUCGCAAAGCUCGAUGGUAUGACGCAUGGGUCAACGGUGUCUCAUUGGAUACUUCAAUACCACCCUCAGUGGCUCACACCAUGACCCGGUGGUAUAACGAACAUCGUGAGGCAGGUCACGAGGAAGCUGAAACAGACGGAGCGUCUACCACCCAACGACCGCGACCAAUUCUACGGCCACUUGCAUUGUCUACCCUCCACGAGGCACAAAACAAGACUGCUCAAAAAUAUCGAGCGAUCAAUUCCAUGGAAGGAGUAGUUGCCGAGUCCAUCGGUUCUAAGCGACAUAACAAGCGGCUCUCUCCCGUCAUACAAGUAGACGAACCAGCGGUCAUCCAGCAACAAAAGGAUCUCGACACCCUUGUACGCAACUGGCGAGCAACCACCCCCAUGGGUCCAGCAAUGCCCAUCACCGAAGUGGCUGCAGGUUCCGUUCCCGACACGUACGACACCAACAUGUUCUCAGAUAUUGAUAUGGAAGACUACGAAUGGGCAGUUUCCUCUACAGGUCCUCCGUCGCAAUGGCCGGCGUCGCCCGCCUUUGACCGUCCUCUACGCUCGGUCGACCUCGAAGGUCGUAUGGCCGGGUCUGUUGCUCUAACUCCGUCGGUAGCGACGUCAUUUGGACCAGACGACUCGCUUGCCACGCCAGCCACCUCCAACGUUGUGCGAUAUCCUUCCCCAGACAUUGCGGGCCGCCUUCUGGAAGACUCGCCACCAACACCCACCACGGCAACAUCUUGGGGUGCCCCAUCUGUUUGGCCUCUAUCGCCACCUACGAUGACCUACAUCCACACGCCGGACGUCGCGGCCAGGGGAUACAUUUCGGUCCCGAAUACUCCUACUACGGCCACCAGCUGGGGAGCUCCAUCCGUCUGGCCUGAAACACCAUUCUCCUCAUUCAAAGUGCGGACUCCGGAUGUCGCCACUCGUAUGUACGAGAGUGUGCCUUCAACCCCAACCACCGCCACGAGUUGGGGUGCGCCCGAGGUGUGGCCCCCGAGCCCUGUCGAGAUCUCCCGACCUGCUACACCUGGUAUUGCCGACCGAGUUGAUGGCGACGAAGAAGAAGUUUUCCGUUUUGUGUGGCCAUUCUAUCCAUCCGACGAAACCCGACCGUCGAAUUCGGUCUGGCCAUUCUUUAUGCCGGAGUCUCACGAGACGUCUUACAUGGGCUGGCCAUUCUACUCUACCACGGAGAGUCAAUGCUAUUCGCAAACAAUCGAAGCUAGUUCAUCGAAUGCGCCACUACGGGAAACGCAGAGGAGGACAAGAGAUUUGCAGACGAUUUACCGCCAAUCAGAAAGCGAGACUACUCCGUCUAGUUUCGCAUGGCCCUUCUUCACUGCUAGUCCGUCCGCUGCGUCCGUCAACGAGAGCAUGACAUCCGGAGUUUAUCCUCACCUCGUCAUUUAUCCACCCAUUUAUCCGAGAUUGGAAAUAUCCUCUGGAAUUUCAUGUGGCUCGGCCGAGCUUCCCAGGGUUCAAAAGACGCCGUUUGUUGGAAAAGUUUGCCCUUCCUAUGCUUGUGAGCACCCUACUCGUCCUCCUCCCGCCAUGCCCACCACAGUUGAGACGAUAAGGACACUCGUUGACACUAUUCGUCGCGCAGAUCCUGAUAUACUCAUCUACAAUGCCGUCGGUGGCUCCCUCUCUUCCCGCAGCGAAACUCUCCCGAUGAGCUAUGGCCAUUUCAAUCUUUAUCCUGAUGUCUAUCCCUCCAUCGUUCCUUAUCCACCGUUCUAUGAAGCGUGCGUCGAGAAGAAGCCGCCUAGCAGCCCAUCCAGCUCAAGCAAGGAGCCAUUAGGUCUGCCGACCCGUCUGAACUCUCAAUAUCCACUUUUCGACCUCUACCCGGCUCUCUACCCGUCCAUUGUCGUCUAUCCCAGUGUCAAGCUAGCAGUGGAGGUGAAAUUGAAGGCUGAGCCGAUUCAGUCUCUCCAUCUCAAGUCGUGCUAUCCGAACCUGGUCAUUUAUCGCCCCGUUUAUCCAGUCUUCGACAUCUACCCCGCAUGUGAGAUUACGAGCACGAAAAGCAAAGAAGAGACCCCAAGGGACAUCAAAGUCACUUUGAUGGCAGAGUAUCCCAACUUGGUCAUCUACCCGGCAGUGUAUCCAUCAAUUGAUAUCUAUCCGGCAGCCAAACUCGAUGAAUCACAGGCCAGUGGUUCUCAGGAAGCGACGCAACCAGCGGGAGUCCGUAUACCGUCACAUUAUCCAAAUUUGGUCAUCUACCCUGCGGUAUAUCCAACGUUUGACAUCUAUCCAGCCACAACCGUCACAUCGCCUGCGGAAGAUCGCGCUCCUUUGCACGCCGGGUCCAAAAUGGCUCCUAUUCGCCUUCCGGUAUUCUACCCCAACCUCGACAUUUACGCACCUGCUUAUCCAUACUUCGAUAUCUACCCCGCGGUCCCGACUCCACCUCUGCGGCAACCCAUCGUCCCGAGCUUUUCGUACCCACACAUCGUUAUCUAUGAGCCGUUGCGUACUAUAAACGGAGAUGGGAAGGCGGAAACAAAGGCUGUCAAUGUUCGACUUGCCCCGAGCUACCCAAUAUUCGACCUGUAUCCAGCUGGGUACCCGCACCUGGUCAUCUAUCCCUCUGUAGCCAAAAGGAGCUCGCUUUCGAUAUCUGUGCAUCUCGGCGAGAGCGCAAAUCGAUUGCAAGCGGCUCCUCUAAGUCCGCGAAGGAGCCGACGGACAAGCAAUCCGUGGGUUUUGGAGCCAUUGCGAACGCAGGGGCACUCUCGAAGACUGUCUAAUGUGCGAAUAGAUCGCGACCUGGUGGCACCUGUUUCGGGCCUCUCGCGCGCUCAACACCGGACCCGAGAAUCGAUUUCAGAUCUAUAUCAAGAAGGCAUGGAUCCAGUACUAUCCUCGCUCGAGUCCGCUUCCCAAGCUGUCCGACGGCAAUUCGUCAAAGAGGUAGCCCCUGCCCUUGCCGCCCGAAAAGUGUCAUCUGCACGCGUAGACGGCGUCCAAUCUUCUCUUCUUGGUCGUGCAAAGACAUUUGCCGCAGCACCUCCUGUACCCGCGAUUCCAGUCGAACUGCGCCACAAGCUCUCCUUGACCUCGCUGAGUUCACGCACGAGCUCGUAG